AUGUCUGUCGGCAGCCGCUGCGGCGCCCCCCCGGGAAGCAGCAGCAGCGGCGGCAGCAGCGCACCCAGCGGCGGCGGCAGCAGGGCUGCCGCCGCCGCGGCCGACCGCGGUUGCAGCGGGGGCACUGACAGCGACCAUUCGCGUGCGCCGCCAGCGAGCGGCACGUCUGGGUCCGGCGCCGGCGUUGGCGCGCGCGAGGAGGAGGCGCGUGAGCAGCUGAGGGCGUGCGCGCGCGACCUGCGCGGCAGGGUGGAGGUGAUACGGCCGUGGGAGCUGCGGGUUGUGAGGCUGCUGGGCGCGGGCGCGUUCGGAGAGGUCUACCUCGCGCGCUGGCGCAGCACCGAGGUGGCAGUCAAGUGCCUCAGCCCCGGCCUGCUCGUCGCCGACGGCUCCGCUGGCGGCGCGCCCUCCGCCGCCGCGGCCGCCGACCUGCUGCGAGAGGCGGCCAUCCUGGCGGGGCUGAGGCACCCCAACAUUGUGGCGGUGUACGGCGCGGUCAUGCCGGACGGCGCGCUGGGCGGCGACGAAGGGGAGGGUGCCGCGGACUCGGGGCCGCACGCGUCCGCGGCGCUCUUCGAGCGCGGGGGCCCCCCCGCUGGCGGCCCGCCGGUGCGGCCUCCCGCCCUGGUCUGCGAGUACCUGCCGCACGGCAGCCUGCGGUCGGCGCUCAACGCGCGCGCCGAGUGGCUGGCGGCGCCGCAGGCCAAGGUGAAGCUGCUGCUCGACACCGCGCGGGGCCUCGACUACCUGCACUCCAAGAGGAUCGUGCACUUUGACCUCAAGGCCGCCAACAUCCUGGUGGGCAUCAGGGACAGGGCGCCCCACGGCAAGCUCUGCGACUUUGGCCUGGCCAAGCAGCGGCGCCAGACCUACGUCACGGGCGUCAACUCCCUUCGCGGCACGCUGCCUUGGAUGGCGCCCGAGAUCCUCAAGUCGCCGGAUGCCGUGGACGAGAGGAGUGACGUCUACUCCUUUGGGGUGGUCAUGUGA